GGGCUGCAACGGGCGCAGCCAAGAUGGCGUCGCCGCAACCGCCGCCGCGUCCCCAUGAGCCCACGCUCCGCCUGAGCAGCGAGAGGUACCUGCGGGCCCACCCGGGGGUCCGGCUGCUGCUGCGGGGGUUCCUCAGGGAGCUGCUGCUCCAUCAACCGACCAACAUCCCGGAGUUUGCUGCAGGGUACUUCUCGCAGCCGGAGCUGCCGCGGCGGAUCCAGGAGGAGCUGGGGGGGUCGGCACCCUGAGGGGGGGGGGGUCUCACCCCAAUCCCAGGCGGUGACACCCCACACUGGGU